CGAUCCGAGCCAGCGAUAAUGUCGAACAUCGAAGCCAGUCUGAGGCCUUUGACGGCCGGCUUGAAAAUCUUGGGCUUCCACGUCGGUCCCAACAGAAAGUCCAGCUCGAAUCGUUAUUCCAUUUGCUUGUUAUUGACAGGCUGCCUGAUGGUGUUGUCGACCGUCGGACUUCACUGCACCUCGUUCAUCGGCGGAGUACUGCGAUUGAAGGCCAACGAAAUCGGACCCAACGGCACCAAUUUGACCACGACCAAAUUGCUAAACGUCGGCAUCGAACAUCUCAAUUACACGUGGGUCCUCAUCGGAGUCCACGUCACCUUCUUCGUCGUCAGCCUGACGGCCAAUUGGACCCAUCUGUGGGACACGUUGGUCCUGAUCGAAGAGAGCCUUAAUUUCAAUUCCAGUUUUUACACCAAGUGUAGGAGGAGCGUCAUAUUCGGCUUCAUUCUUUUGUUCACCGAUUCCAUCAGUCAGUUCUUCAUCUCGAUCAAGUCGUUUUAUUGGGACAUGGGCGUGUUGAGACCGGCCGCCAUUGUCUUGUCCAAUUUAUCCCGCACGACCAUCAUCAGCGUCUUCCUGCUCUUCUGCGUCCUGGCCAGAGUAAUCACGCUCAUCUUUCAGGGCCUUAACGAGCAAAUUGACCACCUGGACCAGCCCCAAAAGUUCUCGCCGUUGUAUUCGGGCAGCAGGAUCUUGAAUGUCCGUCUAGAAAAAUGGCGAAGAAACCACACGUUGGCCUGCAAACUGGUCGACAUGGUCAAUCAAUGUUUCGGCCUGGUCAUGGUCAUCACCGUCAUCAAUGUUUUCGUGAGUUUCAUCACGACGACGUUCGAAAUCGUCAGCUCCAUCCAAGAAGACGAUACGAUCCCCUUUGUUUUCGUCUUCAUCUUCGUUAAGAAAUCGAUCCUGCUGACCAUCAUCAUUUACGAACCUUAUUGUUUACAAGCAGAGGUGAGUCGGACUGCGGUCUCUCUCCGCAAGAUCCAUCCGUUGACGGCCGACCUCCUCACUCAGAUUAAAUUGAACACCGUCGUAGUAGAAGUCACUCACGCCAGCCCCAAAAUCACGGCCAUGGAAUUCUUUGAUGUCAAUCUCCGACUUUUACCGACGUUGAUUGGAAGCACGUUGACGUACGUGGCUAUUCUUCAUCAAGUGUCUUCGCACUCGCAUUGA